AUGAGACUUCGUUCUAAGAGAAAGGAUUCAAACUCAUCAGAUAUACCAGUUACUCAAGGCGGAUCAAAUUAUCACUUAAAUCUUAAAAUAAAUGCUGAUAGAGCAGCAGAUUUGGUACCGAAGGUUGAUGCCGACAACAUCAAUGAAUCGGGUUCAGCUACACCUUCUUCAACAUCGAGUAAAAAGAAUGUAAAUCCAGUUCUAGUGGCUGUGCUUAAUAAUGUGAAAAAGAAAACGAAGAGAAGGGUGAACACAAGUCAACCAUCUUGGGAUGCAGCAUUACAAUUCCCAUUGAAAUCGAAUGAUUACUCUCAGGUCUUUAGUUUGACGGUAUGGGAUAAACAUAAAAGAUACAAGAACUACCUUGGAGAAUUGAGAUUGAAUUUGAACGAUAUUUUCUUCACGGAUGGGAAAUUUCAGUCGAAAUCUGAUCUUAAGUGGUACAAGUUAUAUUCUAAUAAAGAAUAUCAUAGUUUUGUCACUGGAUCAUUGUUAUUAUCGUUUGAAUUGGAAGUAAAAGGGAUAAGACAAAAGAAGUCCAGAAAGACGAAAGAGCAGAUACAAACCCCUUCGCAAACACCGGUACCUGAGUCUGCUUCAGAAAUUGAGACCUUCAAUGCUGUUAGUAGCUCUCCUGGGAUUGUUGUCAACGUGGUACCUCCUUCAAGAAAAGCGAGUGGGAAUUUGCAUAAGAAAGUGGAUUCUCUAAGUAUUUCAGAUACAGAAACAGGGAUGCUGUCAACUAUAGAAGAAAAUAAAGAGAAAUUAUUCACAGAUUGGAGGAAACUGUUGAUAUACUCCGAUCCUGAUCAAAAUAUUACAAAGCCCGAUGAGCAAGGAUUUUAUUCUGAUACUGGGGAAGUGCUUAGUUUGCUGGCGGACUUAUCCGAUAUUGAUUCUAUCAGUUCUACGGCAGUAUCAAACCCGGAUGCCAGGGAAUCGGCAGAUAUGCAACAAAGUCCUGUCUCAUCAUUGCAAAAGCAAACUUUUUUGACUGUUGGAGCAGACGAUGUUAGUUCCUUAUCUGAUGGAUCUGUAUUUUCGAGUGAUAGUGCUUUGAAUUAUGAUAGUGAUGCAUUGUCAAAUGAUAAACCCCUGAAUUUAGGUAGUGAAGCGUCUAGAUCAAAAAGAGGUUUUGGAUUAAAGAGAUUAAGGAAAAAGAAGGAAAAAGAGCAAUUUAAUUUGAGCAAGAGGGCUGUCUUAGGUGUUUUAUUUCUCGAAAUUGUGUCCUGUUCUGACUUACCUCCAAAUAAGAGCUUUAAUCGUGCAACUUUUGAUAUGGACCCAUUCGUAGUGAUAACAUUCGGGAAAAAGACCUUCAGAAGUAGCUGGAAACGUCAUACAUUGAAUCCAAUAUUUAAUGAACGAUUAGCGUUUGAAAUUUUACCACAUGAGAGUAAUUUUAACAUUCAAUUUUUUGUCUUAGAUAAGGAUCAAUUUUCUUACAAUGACAAUGUUGCCAAUAUCUCUUUAAGAAUGAAGGACGUUACGAAUAUGGCAACCGCACCUCCUGCUACAACAUAUGAGAACAAGCAUCUGUCUCCUUCUUCAUUUUCAUUAUUGCCUAAUGCUCUGGAUACUGCACUUUCAACAGGAGAAAAUGAUUCACAAAAUUCGAGUAUUAGGAUACUUGAUGAUGAUAAUAUGGUACAUUCAGUUCGAAAGAAAAAAUUCACUAAUAGGAGAAAAGUUACCGUUCUGCAUACUGAUACUUCUAGAUUUAAGACCAUGAACUUAACAUUGGAUUUGCAUAAAUCUAAGAAUAUUGGAAAGUACAAUCCUACAUUGAAGGUACGUGUUAGGUUUGAGCCAUAUGAGAGUUUAAGAAGACAAUUCUGGAGUAUAUUAUUAGAACAAUAUGAAUUGAAUGAAUCUGAGGAUAAAUAUGACUUUAUUGAGUUAAUUUCAUUUUUGGAUACAUUAGGCUGCGAGAAUAGUGAUCAGAUUGUUAGUAACUUUUUUGAUAAGUAUAAAAAACUGGCUUGGGGAGGUGAUUUAUUAUCAAUCAGUGAAAUUGUCGAUGCACUUGAAGAUCAUGUCAAAUUUUCGACUGGUAUUGAUGAUAAACUUUUUGAUAUUGAAAAAUGUCCGUUAUGUUGUCAGAAACGGUUAUCUAAGAAGCAAGACUGUGAUAUAAUUACGCAUGUAGCAAUUUGUGCUUCAAAAGAUUGGAGUAUUGUUAAUAAGUUAUUAGUUUCAUCUUAUGUUACUCCACAAAUUGCUACUAAAAGAUGGUUCACAAAGGUUCUAAUCAAGUUAACCUAUGGAAAGUAUACAUUAGGCAGUAAUUCAGCUAAUAUCUUGGUUCAAGAUAGAACCACAGGUAUCAUUUUGGAAGAGAAAAUGGGAAUUUAUGUUCGGUUAGGAAUAAGAUUAUUAUACAAAGGUUUUGAUAAAGCCAAGUCGAGAAGAAUUAGACAAGUAUUGAAAAAAUUAAGUGUUAAGCAAGGCAUCAAAUUUGAUUCUCCGCAACUGAAAAAUGAUAUUGAGUCUUUCGUUAAAUUUCAUAAAUUGGACUUAUCACAGUGUCUCGAGCCCAAUUUAGAGAAGUAUGCAACUUUCAAUGAGUUUUUCUAUAGAAAGUUGAAGCCAGAAGCUAGGCCGAACGAAUCUCCCGGUGAUAAUAGAGUUGUUGUAUCACCUGCUGAUUGUCGUUGUACCGCUUUUGCAACUGUUAAACAAGCUACCGAAGUUUGGGUUAAGGGACGAAACUUUACGAUAGCCAAACUUUUUAACGGUAAUUUCAAUAAUUUACAAGAGACCGAUCUUUUCAAGGCUGAAUGUUGUUCGUUAGGUAUUUUUAGAUUGGCUCCACAAGAUUAUCACAGAUUUCAUUCGCCUGUAGAUGGCGUUAUUAAAAAUAUUAAAUACAUUGAUGGGGAAUAUUAUACAGUUAACCCCAUGGCUAUUAGAUCAGAAUUAGAUGUAUUUGGAGAAAACGUGCGUGCCAUCAUUCCUAUAGAAACCAAGGAAUUUGGUACUGUUAUUAUGGUUGCUGUUGGUGCAAUGAUGGUAGGAUCGAUUGUUCUUACAAAAGGUGAAAAUGAUGUAGUCAAAAGAGGUGAUGAAAUUGGUUACUUUAAAUUUGGCGGCUCAACUAUUUUGUUGUUAUUUAACAAUAAAAUGUUUAAAUUUGAUUCCGAUUUGGUUAAUAAUUCCAAUACAUCGGUAGAAACAUUGAUUCGCAUGGGUGAGAGUAUCGGCCAUGCACCAGAGAUUGAAGAGUACAAGAGAGAUCAUAUCGAUUUUGGAGCUCAAUCCAAGGAUUUCAAGUUGAAUUUAAUCAGAGCCCUUACUGGUGGCGACUUAAGCAAUUCCAAGGAGUUAAGUAAUUGGGAAAGUGCCCAUACGAAUAUUGAAGAUUUGGUAGAUGUUGUAAAAGAGGACAACAUUAUCGAAAACGAAGAAGAGGAUGAUGAAUUAGAUGAAGAAGGUCUGUUCUAUAGUAACGAAAGCGAUGCAUACGAUUUAUAA